CUAUAUAGGUCUGAGAGUAGUCAAGUGUUUCCUUCAAUAGCCUUCAUAUUCUUGGCAGUAACUAGGCACUUGGUUUUCAAACACAACAAAAAUAAUGGCUCAAAUUGCCAAGAUGGAGGUCCAAGCAGAGAUCAAGUCCCCUGCCAGUAAGUUCCACGAGGUCUCUAGCCGUAAAGUUUAUCUCGUACCCAAGGCUUGCCCUGAAAAAAUUAAGAGCAUUGAAGUAGUUGAAGGUGACUGGAAGACUGUGGGCUCUGUCCAGCUUUGGACUUAUUUCAUCGGAGGAAAUACCGAAGAGGCUAAGUUGGUGGUUGAAAGGGUAGACGAGGAAAACAAAACGGUCACUAUGAACGUUGUGGAAGGAGAUAUCGUGAAGUAUUUCAAGAUCUUCAAGUGCACUAUUCAAGUAACCGUAAAGGAUAAGGGCAGCUUGGUGACAUGGAGUGUGGAAUAUGAGAAGCUAAAUGAGAGUGGCCCCGCUCCAGAUGCUUACCUCAACUUUGCAAUGGGUAUCGUUGAGAACGUGGAUGCUUACCUUCUCAAGUCUUUAGGUGUUGUUUAUUCCCCAAAUUCUUUUGAUGUUUCUGAAAUUGCUUCAGUGGAGUUUGAGAGGUUGCAGAAAAACAUGGCUCUAACUGGUAAGUUGGAGACUGAAACAGAGAUCAAAGCACCUGCUGAUAAGUUCUUUAAAAUCUUCAGGAGCCAAGCACACCACCUUCCUAAUAUCUGCUCCGAUAAAAUACACAAAAUCGAGGUACAUGAAGGUGACUGGGAGACUCAGGGCUCCAUCAAGCAUUGGAGUUUGACCGUUGGAGAGAAUUCUGAGAGUAUUAAAGAGACUGUGGAUCAAAUAGAUGAAGAAAACAGGUCCAUCACAUUCAAGGUUUUGGAUGGGGAGGUGCUGAAAGACUACAAGAGCUACAAGUUCACCACACAAGCGAUACCAAAGGGGGAGGGCUGCUUGGUGAUAUGGACCAUCGAAUAUGAGAAGGCAAGUGAGGGUGGCCCAGAUCUCCAUAACUACCUAGAGUUUGCAGUUAAUAUCACCAAAGAGAUCGAAAGUCACCUUCUCAAUGCGUAA